AUGACCGACGCCGCAUCGUCGCCUUCGGGCCCCGUGGCUCGCCGCAUCCACGAGAAGCUGCUGGCCGCCUUCACGCCCACGCACCUGGACGUGAUCAACGAGAGCCACAUGCACAACGUGCCACGCGGCGCCGAGACGCACUUCAAGGUGGUGGUCGUGGCCGAGCAGUUCGACGGCAAGCCGCUGCUGCAGCGCCACCGCAUGGUGAACGCCGUGCUGCAGGAGGAGCUCAACGACGGCGUGCACGCGCUCAGCAUCCUGAGCAAGACGCCCAAGCAGUGGGAGGCCAACGCGCAGGUCAAGCCGUCGCCCAACUGCCGCGGCGGCAUGACCACGGACGAGACCAAGAAGGAGUUCCUCGAGAGCCUCAAGCAGAAGCACAGCAGUGAGUGA